AUGUUAAGAUCCAAAUUAUCCUCAUUGAGAGAGUACUUGACUCCCAUCAACCACAACUCCAAUUUCUCCACCACAGGCGAGAUCAGUCCGGAGGAGUUCGUCCAGGCUGGCGAUUACUUGGUCUACAAGUUUCCUACGUGGCAAUGGUCGACUUGCCCCAAGAACCUCCAGAAGAGCUUCUUGCCUGCUGAUAAACAGUUUCUUAUAACGAGACAUGUUCCCAGCUACCAAAGAGCAUCAAACUAUCUUACUGGAGGCAACGUAGACUUUGACGACGACGAAGAGUAUGAGGAUGAUGAAGAAGGUGACGGUUGGGUCAAAUCCCGUAAGGUGGUCAGUGUUACCAAGCCACAGGAUGGUCAAGAGGAAGAGCCACAAGAAAUCAACGAUAUUGAUGACUUGAUCGAUGUCACCGCCGAAGGGGCCGAGGACGACGGAGACAACUUGGAGGACUUCGACGAUCUUGAUAUUCGCAAUGACGGAGGCAGUGUCAGAAAGUAUGACAUGUACAUCACGUAUCUGACAUCGUAUAGAGUUCCCAAAAUGUACUUGGUUGGAUUCAAUGCUAAUGGAAUUCCGCUCACGCCCGACCAGAUGUUUGAAGACAUCAAUGCUGACUACAAAGACAAGACGGCCACGAUUGAGAACUUACCGGUAGCGCACAACACAACUUCAGUGUCAAUUCACCCUUGCAAGCACUCUCUGGUGAUGAAGGUUUUGAUGAAGCAUUCGAAGCUGAAGAAGACCAGAGAAGAGGUAAAUCACUUAAGUGAAGAGUUGGGCAAGACAAAUAUAUCGGACAAGUCCCAGGAAGAUACCGGAAAGGAUGCUGAAGCUGCUGCUGGACCAGAAGCCGAGGAUUCUAUCAGAGUAGACCAAUAUUUGGUGAUUUUCUUGAAGUUCAUCGCCAGCGUGACCCCUGGAAUUGAGUACGACUACACUAUGGAUGCGCUUUGA